AAUGGGAUGGAGGAAGUAAUAAGAUUAAAUAUACAAAAAAUUAUGAGAUGCUAUAUCCUAUCCAGAAUAUCAGAUUGGCUCACUAUUAAAGGAGGCAGAAAUAGGCAUUGAGGCUCUGCUCCAACAAGCAACGUUAACACAAACACGACCAAUAAGUCAAUAACUGUAGCAUAAAUAGACUCAUCAAACUCGAAUUACACUACAAACCUCUCAACUGUAGUUCAACAAUUGACCUCAAGCUCCAAUGGCUAAAUCAGAAGCAGCAGUAUUGUGUCCUCACGUUAUGAUAUUCCCACUGCCGCUGCAGGGCCCCGUGAAGUGCAUGCUCAAACUCGCCGAAAUGCUGAGCCUCGCCGGCAUCCGAGUCACCUUCCUCAACAGCCACCACGUCCAGCGCCGCAUCCCCGACUCCGCCGCCUACUUGACCACCAAGUAUCGCAACUUCCGUUUCCAAACGCUCCCCGACGGCCUUCCCGACGACAAUCCCCGCACGGGCGAUCAGAUACUCAACCUCUUGCAGUCCAUGGAAGAUGUCUCCCAGCCUCUGUUCCGCCAGAUUCUGCAUUCCGCCGCCACCCCCGUCACCUGCUUGAUCGCCGACGGGGUUUUCACUUUUGCUGCUCGUGUAGCAAAGGACGCCGGACUUCCGCUCUUGUAUUUCGACACCAUUAGCCCAUGUGGUUUGUGGGGUCUUCUCUCUUUGCCUACCCUCAUUCAAGCAGGGGAGGUUCCUUUUGCAGAUGAGGAGCUAGACGAAGUUGUAGGCGGAAUGGAAGGAGGCGUGAUGAGGCGGCGCGAUCUGCCGAGCUUCUGCCGAAUCAAAGACAUGAAGGAUCCAAUAAUAGAGCUAGUAAUCAAGGAAGCGAAGCACAUUCCCUUAGCUCAAGGCCUCAUCUUCAACACGUUCCAACACCUGGAUGCUCCGAUCCUAUCCCAAAUGCUAAGCAUCUGCCCCAACAUCUACGCCGUCGGGCCCCUCCACGCCCACUUGAAAACCAGGCUCGCAGCCGACGCCGCCUCCAACAGCAUUUGGGAAGAAGACAAGAGCUGCAUUUCUUGGCUUCACAGUCAGCCACCAAAAUCUGUGAUUUAUGUCAGCAUCGGAAGUCUUGCUGUCAUGACAAGGGUCCAACUGUACGAGAUUUGGCAUGGCUUGGUGAACAGCGGGGCCAGAUUCUUGUGGGCCCGGAGGCCCGGCUCGGUGUCCGGGUCCGAGCCUGAUGACGAGGUUCCUUUGGAUUUAUUGGAGGGGACAAAAGAGAGAGGGUAUGUGGUGAGCUGGGUCCCACAGGAGGAGGUGCUGGCACACCCCUCGGUGGGCGGGUUUUUGACGCACUCUGGAUGGAACUCGACUCUUGAGAGCAUCGUUGCUGGGAAGCCUAUGAUUUGUUGGCCGUUUCAUGCCGACCAGCAAGUCAAUGGCAGGUACGUGGGGGAGGUUUGGAAGCUAGGUUUGGACAUGAAAGAUAGUUGUGAUAGGGUUGUGGUGGAGAAGAUGAUUAGGGAGCUUAUGGAGGUGAGAAAGGAUUUCUUCUUGGAAAGGGCUCAUGCUAUGGCCAAACUGGCUCACUCCAGCGUGGGCCCGGGCGGCUCUUCCUCUCUGGAUUUCGAUCGUCUUAUUCAAGAUAUCAAGAUGAUGAACAUACCUAUGAACAAAAUAUUAUGAGUCUCCUAUUUAAUCAUCGAUUCUCUCGUCGUUUGAAAAAUAAAAUAUUGAUUCUUCACAUUGAAGUUGCACGUACACGAUAUGCUAUUGAAUUGAAUGAGAAGAUUAUUUUCAUUGUCUUUCAAACAAAA